AUGGCUACGACGCCUACGAGAUCUACGUCGGCAAUGAGACCGGGAAUUCUGAGUUCCUCGCCGGUGCCGUUGCCCACCUUCAAGCGCGUUGAAGGCGGAAAUCUUCAAGAAGCGCGAUACCCGACACCACAGCCCUCUUCCUCGCUUUUCCUCCCAUCAUCACCACCAGCAGCCAUCUCGCGCCGCCCGCACCUCUCAGACCGUUCAACAUCUUUCCUUGCCUCAUCACCACCUCAGCAAGCCUACGAGACCCCAGCACCAGUCGAGCGUCUUCCCGUUCUACAACCUCGCGCGGACGGGACGCCUAUGCUCCUCGGCCGUUCCUCUGCUCGCUGCGAGUUCCAAUUGCCAAAAAAUAACCCUCAAAUUUCUCGUACGCAUGUUUCACUGACUUAUUACCGUCCAACACCACACCGCUCAUCCAGCGUCGCGUCUGAAGCGCCAUCUUCCGCGUCUAGGCGUGUCAGGUUCGCUGAGCCGGAACAGCGCGGAGAGCUCGUUGUCCGUUGUUUGGGAUGGAACGGAUGCAUUGCUAACGGGGUUCAGUUGAAGAAGGGGCAGACGUAUGCGUGGAAUGGCUCAGAUGCGAUCCUGCUUGACGUCUGUGGAUGGAAGGCACAAGUCCACGUUCCUGUCGAGGAAGGCGAUGGUGAUGAGACUGAGGAAGAGGAGUGGACCGCUGACCAUACUCAAGUCGAGUCGAGCCCGUUCACGGCUGAGGUCAAGCAGCUUCCUGUUACCCCUGUUAUGACUCUGCCGGAAGUUACUGUGGAUGCGGAGGAAAUCAUCGAUGUUGAAAGUAGGAGUGGAAGUCCUACGCCUGCGCGUGGAUCUGGCUCUCUCGAGCUUGCGACGGCGGACGAUGUUACGUCAAGCCCCCAUGUUGAGGACGAAGAAUUCUCAGCUAUCAUGCCCUCAUCUCCGCCCGCUGCCAUUGAGGCGUUUGAUGAACAUGACAUCGAGAUUUACGAGGAUGAAGAUCUGCGUGAGACGUCCAUUUCCCUUCCUGGGCCUACGCCCAUGGCUAUCGACGAGGAACCUGAGGUGCAAGAGUCCGCUUUGACUGUACUGGAAGACGAGGAGGAUGUCACUAUUGAUUCUCCUGCUCCGGAACGCAUGGUCUUGCAGGAACGCGAGAACGAAAAGGAGAUGAGGGAAAAGAAAGAGCUCGAGAUCAAGACCGAAGCAAUCGAAAAGGUCAAGAAGCCUCAGCUCAGCGUCGAUGUCGACAUCGAGACCACCGCAGAACACGCCGACCUCUCCAGCACCCUCUCCUCUUCAGGUCUUACCGCCGAAACCGACCCCGAACUGCCCGACAAAAUCAUCUCAGCCCUCGUUUUCACCCCCCAAAAAUCCACCCCCCUCUCCUCCCUCCUAGCCGAACUCCCCUCCCACACAACCGCCUCCUUCAUCCGCUCCCUCUCCCCCUUCGUCGCCGAGAUCCCGCGAAAGGGACGGGACGCGUCAGGCAAGAAACUCGAAAGUGAGUUUUGGUAUGAUAUCGAUUCAGACCCGUGUGAGGAGCGACAAGAGAGGUUUAGGCCGUUUGUGAAGGGGGUUAGGGGUGCGAGGAGGGUUCAUAAGCAGUAUUAUUGGAAGCCGGUUGUUGUUAAGCCGAGUUUGUAUACUGGGAAGGUGGAGAAAGUGCCUGGAGGGGAGGAGGAGGGGAGGAAGAAGAAGAAGAGAAAGUUGUGA